GGUGUUUCCAACAAUUUCUAGUAAGCACUGCAGAUCAUCUUCUCCGCAUCUGUAAUUAAUAUCCAUCUCUUCUAUAUAUCUUGAUCGUCUUGUAACGUCAGCGCUUGGUGAGACGCGAUCACACCAAGAUACAUGGCUUCCACAAUGACUGAAGAGGAUAUUGGCGUUGGUGAAACUAUACCUCCGCUAACGGCGCAUGCCGUCAGCGUGUCGUUGCCAACAUGGAGGGCAAAUGUGGGAUACGAGGAAGGGCAGGACUGGGUUCUCAGUAAAAUGCAAUCCGGCUACCCAAGAUUCUUCGUACACAAGUCGAUACAGGCGCUUGCAGCAGCGAUUGUCCUCAAGUAUGGUUUGCCGGGAGAGACGGCGAUGCUCUUUCCAAGGUCAUCCUGUGCAGCCCGGUGUAUUGAAUUCUUCAACACCCAGGGGGUAAAGCUGGACUCGAAAGAACUCCGGAUUGUCGACCUGGUUCCGACGAAAGAAUUCAUAGAGCAAGCCACGGCGGGAAAGUUCAUCCUACCCCGAAUUUCAGCGGUCAUUUUCCCAGAAGAACACUUUCCUACUGCAAAGUCAUUCUGGCAGCACACGGGCGAAGGUGUCUCGAGUCGACGAGCAGAGUACGCUCACUCGUCAUUUCAGAACGGGCUAUUGAUCAGCAAAACCCAAGCGGAAGAGAGUGCAAGACUAUGUAGAGGUCCCAGGCGGUAUCAACGGCGGACAUCGAUCGAGCGGACCGGCCCGGAAAACGCAGUCACUGGUAUUCCCGAGACUCAGGAUCCAACCCAGUAUGUGGAAGAACGGUUCGGGAGAAAUCUGGAGAUGGCCUUCGCAGACAAUGCGAAGACUGCCAUUCGACGGAGAAUUGCAGGAGGUCUCACCGAAGAUGUGGAUCUGGCAGAAGCGAUGCGGAGGGAAAAAGAAGAAUCCUCAAUCCAACGGAUGCCUGGGCUGUCAGAAGAUGAUGUUUAUUUGUAUCCUUGUGGAAUGAAUGCAAUCUUCCAGACGUUUCGCUCCCUGGCGAUCGCUAAAGGAAAGCAAUUGAAGAGCAUCGAAUAUGGGUUUCCGUACAUCGAUACGUUGAAGAUUUUACAGAAGUUCGGGCCCGGGUGCCUGUUCUACGGUUUUGGAUCCGCCGAAGAACUGGAUGAUCUGGAACAGCGCCUCGAGAAGGGUGAAAAAUAUCUUGCUCUCUUCUGCGAGUGUCCCGGCAAUCCGCUACUGAAAACGCCAGAUCUUCAGAGGAUUCGCUCGCUGGCUGACAAAUAUGGCUUUUAUGUGGUCGUUGACGAAACGGUCGGAAACUUCCUAAACGUGAGGGUGCUGCCAUAUGCCGACGUCGUGGUCAGCAGCUUGACCAAAAUCUUCAGCGGCGACAGUAAUGUCAUGGGUGGGAGUGCAAUCCUGAAUCCUAAUGGCGAGUCAUAUUCCGAGAUCAAGAAGGUUUGGAACCAAGACUAUGAGGACAACUACUGGGCCGAAGAUGCGCUAUUCAUGGAGCGCAAUAGCCGAGACUUUGUCUCCAGGAUUGAGCGGGUCAAUACAAACGCGGACGCUAUCAACGAAGUCCUUCUAUCGAGUCCGAAAGUGAAGGAAGUCUAUUAUCCCAAGAAUGGGUCCACAAGAGAACUUUACGACCGCAUCCGCACACCAAAUGGCGGGUACGGCGGCCUACUCUCCGCAACUUUCUACUCACAGAGCGAUGCGAAGACUUUCUUUGACAACCUGGACACGGCCAAAGGUCCCAGCUUGGGGACCAACUUCACCUUAAGCUCACCGUACGUGAUUCUGGCACAUUUCACUGAACUUGACUGGGCCGCGUCGUUUGGUGUGGACGUCGAUCUCGUGAGAGUGUCGGUGGGGUUGGAACCGACGGAUCAGCUAGUUGCAACGUUUCAAACGGCUCUCGAUGCCAUUAAAAACGACUCCUGAAAGACUUGCGAAGCAGUGAUGCCUCGUUUCCGCUCGGCGACUCCGAGGAGUUCUAAGGAGGGAGACGGAACACAGUCAGCAAGGCAUCUAGGCGGCGGAAUUGGAAGCUAAAACUUGGAGUGGUGCCUUUUGCAAGUUGCAGUUACGGCUCACAGUCACGCUUGACAGAUACAGCAAUUAGCAUGGCAUCAUCAAACCCUAUUGCAAACCAUUUCAGCGUCCAGAUAUUUCCAGUCAUAUGGACGAGAACUAAGAAAUGGAUGGUGUUAAG